CGUCAUAUCAAAACAGCAGCAGGCGGCGGAGAAAAAUAUACAGAAAAACUUUGUGAACUUUACAAGAUUGCGUUUUAAAAACAAACAAACGGGCUGCGAUUGCUCAACAAGUUUGCUAAGUGCGAAAUCUUUAGCUUGGGUUGCCCUACAAAGUGUGCAUUAUGUCUCUGCGAGACAUCCAACUUGCUGAGGUCAAACAGCUAUUAGUGGAUAAUUCUCCAUUCUCUGAGGCAAAUGCCAGAAGCUUUCAAGUACUUGAAACUCAGGAGCAUGAUGUUGAAACUUCACUUGGUACCAUCCGUGUCGCUGUCCGUGGGACACCAAAAGGAAGUCGACCUGUCAUUCUGACAUUUCAUGACAUUGGGAUGAAUUACAAAUCCUGCUUCAACGCGCUCUUCAAUUCUGAAGAUAUGCAAGAAAUUACACUUCAUUUUGCUGUUUAUCAUAUUAAUGCACCUGGUCAGGAAGUGGGAGCUCCAACAUUUCCAGCUGGAUAUCAGUAUCCAUCAAUGGACCAACUGUCUGAAAUGAUUCCAUCUGUUUUGAAGCACUUUGGUGUGAAGAGCAUUAUUGGAAUAGGAGUUGGUGCUGGUGCAUAUAUUCUGACUAAAUUUGCUUUGACCUUUCCUGAUCUUGUUGAGGGGCUAUGUCUCAUUAAUAUUAAUUGCUGUGCUGAAGGUUGGAUGGACUGGGCAGCAACUAAGAUUACUGGUUGGACAUCAAACUUGACAGACAUUGUGAUCUCUCAUCUGUUUGGAAAGGAUGAAAUACAUUCGAACCCUGAGUUGAUUCAGAUGUAUCGGGCUCACAUUACUUCUGAGAUUAAUCACAACAACUUGCAACUUUUUGUUGAUUCAUACAACAGCCGAAGAGAUCUAGAUGUUGAGCGCCCUCUUCCUGCAGGACAGCACCAUCACCAUCACCAAGGUCUUACUUUACAGUGUCCAGCUUUGUUGGUGGUUGGUGAUACUUCACCUGCAGUGGAUGCUGUGGUUGAUUGUAAUACUAAGCUUGAUCCAACAAAGACUACUCUGCUAAAGAUGUCGGACUGUGGAGGACUGCCGCAAGUUGUUCAGCCAGCAAAGCUUACAGAGGCUUUUAAGUACUUCGUGCAAGGAAUGGGCUACAUGCCUGCAGCCAGCAUGACCCGUCUUAUGAGAUCCCGUUCAGCAUCCGGAUCCAGCGUGGUCUCCCAAGAUGGCAACAGGAGUCGUGCUCACACCGGGGAGGCAUCCAAGUUUCAUAGCCACCCAACUGUGGGAUUGAACCAGAAUGCAAAUGCCAACACUAAUGUGGGAGGUGUUGAUAACCCUGGCCCUCAGUCAGCUGAAAUUUCAUGUUGAGAACCUAUUUGUUUUUCUCUCUUCCAUCCCAAGAAAAAAUUAAGUGUAAAUUUGCUCUUAAGGUAGUGACGUAGUGUGAAUGGGCCCCUUGUUUAAUGAAAAUCUUCACCAAUAUCAGGAUUAAAAAAUGCAUAAAUGAAAACUUGCCUCUCUUGUGCUUGUUUUCCUAGAAAUUGUCAUAAUUUAGGGUCCAUGCAAAAGUUGACGGUAAAACACAUGCUGUUCUUUUGCACCUUUUUCAGGGAGCAAUAGGCCUAACAACCUUUUGAAAGUGCUUCCCAUGAGUCAUAUAAAGCUAGAGUUCAAUGUUAAGAUGUACAUAGUUUGAAUAAUCUUAAGAAAUAAAAUCUUGUUAGUUUCUGUAACUUGUCAAAUUUCAAUUAGUUGUUUUCCGUCCUUGUUGUAUUGUUACCUUCCCUUUAAUCCAGAAGCAUAUAUAUUGCUAUUUUUUAAAAAAAUCAUUAAGUAUGUAGAUUGAUAUUGCUGCUUUUUUCUAUUUUGCAUAAAUUUGAGUAGGCAAGUAAGGUUUGGUCCUUUUUUCAAAAUAUUGAGCUAAAGUGCUUGUUUCAUUUUUCCUGGUUAUAUAAUCUAAUUAUUCUAACACUUGCAUUCAUACUGUACUAUAGAAAUUUCUAUGUUUAAAUUUCUUCAAAGGUUUCUUUGAAGUGGCAUUGUAAUUUUUAGCAGCCUUUUUGUGCUUUUUGGAAUGAACUGUAUUCAGAAGUGUCUAAUGCAAGCUACACCUAAAUUAUUUUCCUUGCAAUUGAUGACAAAGGUGUAAGUCUCAGAAUUUUGUUGUUGUUAAACAGAAAUUUGUUCAGGGCAUUCAUCCUCUCUGCAAUGCACUGUCCUAAAUUUGUGCAAUAGCAAUUAUGAAUUUUGUAUGACAAAAAUAUGUAACUUCAUCAGCAUGUAACAUCACUUCUGAGUCCAAUGAAUGUAUGUUCUUUCACCACUCCUGUGUAGGUGUGAUCUUCAAGCAUAACUGAAGGUUCAAAUAGCACCGAAGUGUGAAGGUCAGAAAUAGGCUGUUGAGUUGUUAAACUGUUGAGUAGUUUCUGUGCUUGUGCUCCAUACUAGUCUCUUCCCAUCUUUCUUCAUCUUGCCCUCUUUUCCUACCUUGCAUUUAGAAACUUUUUAGCAAAAUUUGUAAUUGGAGGCUACUAGUUUUAAGCAUUGGCCCUGUGUUUAAAUCUAAAGGUGUAUUCUUGAAAAGAUUUUUACAUUACCCUCAAGAUUUUAGACACUAGAUAGCAUCUGCAAAUGAGGUAGUGAUAGUAAAAUUGCUGCCCUAGUGUGAUUCCUUUAUUGUGGUGCUCUGAAUUGCAAUCCAUAUUAAACAUUUUUAUAUUUACAUUUCAAAA